AGUCUGAUGGCGUCCAAGAGUACGAAACUAUCACUCAGAUAGUAGUUCAGAAGUCUGAUAAAGGUGUUGAAAAUACCACUCUUCAUGUCGAGUGGAAAAUGCUAUCCGAAGAUGAUGGUUUCUUGGGCACAGAUCCCACCCAAGAAGGGAAAGAUUAUGGUUACCCGUUGGAUGAUUACAUUCAUCUGAAAGACGAACCGCAUUAUGAUUCCGAUGUUCAUACCAUUCCUAUAACUGGUACUCCUGCCCUUAACCAGGCAGAAGCCGGCUGGGAUGCUGCUACCACUCCGCAAUUUGAUUGGAAAAUGCAAUCUGAAGAUGGUAUAUUCCUAGUUACCGAUCCGACUCUGAACGGAGAGGAUUUCGGUCACCCUCUAGACGAUUACAUUCAUUUACAAGAUGAACCACAUGUCGACAGUCAAAUCAUACCGACAACUACACGUUCAUCACACCAAACAGAUGUCAAUCAAGAUACCACUACCUUGAAAUUUGAUUGGAAAAUGCAAUCUGAAGAUGGUAGUUUCCUAGGUAACGAUCCAACUCCGGAAGGAGAAGAUUUCGGUCACCCACUAGACGAUUAUAUCCAUUUACCAGAUGAACCGCACAACGACAGUGUAACUACGCGCUCAUCUACUCAGACAAAAAUCUAUCAGGAUCAGGAUGCGACAAUGCAAUCUGAAGAUGAUGGUUUCUUGCCUGCUAAUCCUUCUCCGGAAGAGGAACACUUUGGUCACCCACUGGACGAUUAUAUUCACUUACCGGAUGAAGUGCCGCAUAACAACAGUCAUUUGAUUGUCACGACUACAAACUCAAAUGAACCAGAAAGUAUUCAAGUUACUACCACCUUGCAGUUUGAUUGGAAAAUGCAAUCUGAAGAUAGCAGUUUCUUAGCUAACGAUCCGACUCCGGGUGGAGAAGAUUUUGGUCACCCUUUAGACGACUAUAUUGAUUUACCAGAUGAACCGCACAACGACAGUCAAAUUGUCACCACAACCACUCCGCCAUUCGAUUGGAAAAUGCAAUCUGCCGAAGGUAGUCUUUUGGCCACUGAUUCGACUUCAGGAGGGGAAGAUUUUGAUAACGGCAGUCGAAUCAUACCCUCAACUACGCAUUCACCACAUCAAACAGAAGUCAAUCAAAAUACCGCUACACCACGCUUUGAUUGGAAGAUGCAAUCUGAAGACGAUAGCUUCCUGACAUCUGAUCCAUCCCCUGCGGGAGAGGACUUUGGGGACCCGCUGGAUGAUAAUAUUAAUUUGCCGGAUGAGUCACAUGAUGGAAAUUUAACCUCCAAUGAUCGCGAAUCUCCAACGGUGGUAUCAAAAGAGGAAACUGCCACUACUCACACACUUGACGACUAUUAUCAAAUUCAAUUUCCAGACGAGAUAUCAUCCAGAAGCGGCGAUGAUGAUUUUGAAAAUUACACGGAUUUGAUGGAGAAUGACGUGUUGCUUAGUGGAGCAAAUUUCUCCUCUAUCGUUCGUGGCAGAAAUGGAACUACGGAGGUGGAGAAAGUUUUUGGUAAAUCCAUAUGGUAUUGUUAUUCGUUGGUGAUGCUCAUUGUCGGCACGUGUGGGAUGUGAAAGCGCAUAUGCAACACGGUUUUCGAUGAUUGGCAAGUGCAUUCCUAAUUUUAGUUGCGUUUUAGUUGGAAAUUAUUAGUCAUACAAUUUCUAGGCAUCGUUCCACCCCGUAAAAUGAUAUUAGAUUCGCAGAUGUUCCGCGAAGAAAGCGAAAAAAGGGCACCUAGCAUCAUUUUUUUUUUUAGAUGAUUUGAGUUUUGCAGAGUGAUGAUUAUUAUUUCAGUAGAAAAGGAUUGAUUGCACUAUACGAUAAACUGGAUUUCUUUUCUAGCGCAGAUUUGUAUCUUUCUUGAAUUGCUGUUAAACUACCCGUGACAAAACAAGGCUUGUUAGUCAUUAUCAUUUUUGGGAUCAAUGGAAAAAUCAACUGGGAACCCUGCAAAAUCACUAAUAUCGUUUUCGUGUUUGCGUUCUAACUUCGGUAUAGUCGAAGACAUCAUAUCAAGAAGACUGGCAACUUUGCGAGAAUCCAAGCGACAGACACAAUAGCGC